AUGCCUCAUCACCACCACCACCACUUCCUCCUCCUCCUCCUCCUCUCCCUCCCCCUACUCUCCACCGCCGCCGACCCAACGCCACCGCCGCCGCCACCACCGGAAUCCGCCAUCCACACACAAUCCACCGACUGCCCCACCCACUGCGGCGGCGUCGCCAUCCCAUUCCCCUUCGGCACCAAACCGGGCUGCUACCUCAACCCGGACUUCCUCAUCACCUGCAACGCCACCAACGUCCCGCUCCUCGGCUACUCCACGACACGUGUCCUCGACAUCUCCGUCCCCGACGGCGAGCUCCGCAUCGACUCCCCCGUGGCACGCGACUGCUACAACAAGUCCGGCCAGCGCGUCGCCAACGCGCCCUCGGGGAUCUGGGACCUCAAGUUCCCCAUCUCCAACACCCGCAACAAGUUCACCGCCGUGGGAUGCGACACGUACGCGCUGGUCCAGGGCGUGGACGUGGACCAGAAGUACGCCACGGGCUGCAUCUCGUACUGCAGCAAGCGCCGCGACGUGGUCAACGGGUCGUGCGCGGGAGUCGGGUGCUGCCAGGCGCUGGUCCCGAAAGGUGCGCGUGGGUUUUUGGCGACGGUGAACAGCUAUAACAGUCACGCGUCGGUGUGGCGGUUCAAUCCGUGUAGCUACGCGUUUCUGGUGGAGGACAGCGUGUUUGGGUUUUCCACGUCGGAUCUGCCGGAUUUGCGCGGGGUGGCGAGUUUCCCCGUGGUGUUGGAUUGGGCGGUCGGGAACGAGACGUGUAAGGAGGCGGCGGAGAAGGGGUAUUUUGGGAAGAGCAGUGUUUGUAUGGAGAAUAGUCAGUGUUACGAGCAUGAAACGGCGCCGGGGAGUGGGUACCGUUGUAGGUGUUUGGCCGGGUAUCGGGGCAACCCGUAUCUCGCCGGCGGCUGUCAAGAUAUUAACGAGUGCGAUGAUCCAACUUUGAACAAGUGCACAAACUAUUGCAAGAAUACCAAGGGGAGCUACACUUGUUCCUGCCCCAAAGGCCACAACGGAGACGGCCGGAAAGACGGCUCCGGCUGUAUUCCCAAUCGUGGCUCUUCUUUUCAACCCAUCGUCGGAGUCAGCGCCAGCGUGUCGUUUGCAUUCAUGUUCAUCUACCUAACCUUCAUGGGCGUCCACAAGCGGAAGCAAAUGAAGCACAAGAGAGAGUUCUUCAAGCAGAACGGCGGCAUUCUCCUCCAACAGCUCCUCUUCAAAACCAACCCUAAUUCCUCCUCCUCCUCACUCAACAACAACAACAACAACAACACCGCCAGAAUCUUCACCGAGCACGAGCUCAACCUCGCCACCAAAAACUUCAACAAGUCCAUGGUCGUCGGCCGCGGCGGCUUCGGCGUCGUCUACAAGGGCACCUUCUCCUCCUCCUCCGCCGCCGCCACCACGGUGGCGAUCAAGAAGUCGAUGGCCAUCGACCGGAGCCAGAUCGAGCAGUUCGUCAACGAGGUGAUCGUGCUGUCGCAGAUCCACCACCCGAACGCGGUGAAGCUUUUGGGUUGCUGCCUGGAGACGCAGGUGCCGCUGCUGGUGUACGAGUUCAUCACCAACGGGACGCUGUUCGAGCACGUGCAUGAGGAAGGGUUUAAAGGGUCGCUGCCGUGGGAGACGAGGCUGAGGAUCGCGGUGGAGACGGCGGCGGCGCUGGCGUACAUGCACUCCAUGCAGAUCAUACACAGGGACGUGAAGUCGGCGAAUAUACUGCUGGACGAUGGGUUCACGGCCAAGGUGGCGGAUUUCGGGGUGUCGAGGCUGGUGCCGUUUGACGAGGAGCAGAUUUCCACGUUGGUUCAGGGGACCUUGGGGUACAUGGAUCCCGAAUACUUCCAGUCAGGGAUCCUGACGGACAAGAGCGACGUGUACAGCUUCGGGGUGCUGCUGGCCGAACUUCUGACCGGAAAAAUGGCGAUAUCGUCGGAGUGCAAGGAGAAGAGCCUGGCGCUCCACUUCCUGUGCUCCCUGAAGGAAGAAUACUUGCUUGAGAUACUUGAAGAACGAGUGAAGGAAGAAGGCGACGUGAAGCAGCUUUCCAAAGUGGCUGAGGUGGCCAGGAGCUGCCUGAAGCUGGAAGGAGACCAGAGGCCCACGAUGAAGCAAGUGCUUCAGGAGCUUCAGGAUCUGACUACGACGACGACGGAGCAUAGCUUGGUCGCCGGCGGCCCGGGAGGAGAUCAGUCUCCACCGCUAAAUACUGUCGGCCGCCAUGCUUUUGGUGAACUCAAGGCCAGAUAG